UUAAUUUAGUAACUUUUUCAAUGACAUUAUAUUUGCUUAUAUCAAUUUUUUUUACGUUAAAUUUUAUUUGUUAUUGAUUAUCAAGCUGUAAGACACAAUUUUUUGAAAAUUGUCUAGGUCGAGCGAUUUUUAACAAAGAAUGGGAGUUUUUACGACGUCUUUUGUUUACGUGUUUUUUGAAACUAUACGCGCAGUACACGGUGACGUGCAAUUUCACUUGAGUUAUGUCUCUGGAAUGGCCAGCUAUUCAACCACGACGUCUGGAAUAACUGAUCGUUUGGCGUGCGUUAAGGAUAUCUGUUAUAAAGAAAAAAUUUCCAAACAAUGGAUGAUAACAGCUGGCUCUUUUUAUACACCUUCAAGCCAAUGUCUCUGCAGUCAAUCUAAAAUAAUUGGUAUUUUUGCUGAUAAUGGCCAUCAAUGCGCUCACUACAACUUCAUCCCUGUCCACGUUCACCAAUCGAAGAUAAGCAAUGGCCUAAAUGUCGGAGCAUACUAUCAUGUAGUAGAAGUAAAUUUCAUUCUCCAUAAAAGAGGGAACGAUAAGACAACGCUCUACGCAAUUGAAGAUCUGAAUGAGCCAUUAAACGCGUCAAUAUCGGUCAACUUUGUAGAUACAAGAGAAUUUACAGAUACGAUCGAACCUUCAAAGAAACGAACGAAGAACCGUCAUCCAAUCACUAAAUUGUAUUAUAGCAUUACAGAAAGUUUUGAACAAGAUCACGAAAUAUUAAGUCCACAGUAUAGUGCAACAAUUGGUGUAAGUUAUUUUUGGUACAACAAGUGCACACCGACCAUCCCAACCUCGUCCCCAAGGCAUCUUGUAUCUUUUCUGACCCCGGGACGGCGAUACGAAUGCGACCACCCCACUACCACCCCGUCCACCAUUUUUACUGUAACAGUUAACGCAGUCUUAGUUUCCUUUAGUACAAUCAGAAUGACGACAUGCUGACAUCUCUAAUACCGUCCGCCACAAACGUCCAUCACUGCCAUCUCAACUACCGUCUGCCACAAACGUCCAUCACUACCAUCUCCACUACCGUCAACCACAAACACCCAUUACUACCAUCUCUACUACCGUCCGCCACAAACGCCCAUCUCUACCAUCUCCACUACUUCAACCACAAACGCCCAUCACUACCAUCUCCACCACCGUCCCCCAC